UUUAAAGUCGUGGUAAUAAUGAUCAAAAUACCUGUCUUAUCGGGGUAUUAAAGGGAUGGUCAAACGGCUAUACAUGUGAAAAUCAUCGACCUAUAUUUCUGGUUACAAGACACAUAAAGUUUCUCCUGUGAAUCAUUGCUGUAAAGUACAGGAAGAUUACAUAAUUAGACAGCUGUGUGUGACAUCCAAUUAACUGACUUCGCUGACAGUGAGAAAGAUGGCAAACUAUCUAGCGUUCUUGUUUUAUUUUCAAGCUUUUGGAAUAUUUACUGCGCUAUGCUCUGUUAAACCAAACAUUGUUUACGAAUGGGAGACCGUGGAUUUAGUGUGGCCUAAUUCCUCAGUUAAAGAUGAAUAUAUACAAAGCAAGAAAUUUAUCCCUGAAAACAAUGCAAUUAAUGGAAUAAAAAUGUACAAGGAUAGUAUCUACUUGACAAUUCCAAAGCUUAAAGAUGGCGUGCCGUUUUCGUUGGUAAAAGUUCAGAAUGAUACAUCUAAGAAUCCGCUACUUAGUCCAUACCCUAAUUGGGAUAUUCAUCUUGAAGGGGAUUGCUCAAAGAUGCGAUUAAUUCAAAGUAUGGAGAUUGAUCCUUAUACAGGAUAUAUGUGGAUCAUAGAUACAAGCUUUGUUCCGCGUGCCAGUAUUAACAUUGCUGAUCAGUGUCCUAGUAAAAUCAUUAUUUGGGACCUGGAAAAUGACGUCGAAAUCCACCGACACACAUUCCCUUCUUCUGUUACUGGGCCAGGUAUGUUUUAUUUGAAUGACAUCGUUCUUGACUUCAAUAGAAAUAAAACAGCAAGAUGGGCAUACAUAUCAGACACCUUAGGGCAUAGAUUAAUUGUUUACGACAGGGAACUUGACAUUUCUUAUGCAUUUAGUCAUCCAUCAAUGAAACCAGUACAAGAAUAUGCCAGUAUAACAAUAGGUAACGUCACGAACGUUUACUCCCCUCUUGGAAUAAAUGGCAUUGCAAUGUCAUCUGAUCUUAAAAACGUUUAUUAUUGCCCUCUAGCUGGAGUCGGUUUAUACCGGAUCCCAACAGCUUUAUUACGCAAAAGCUCAUCUUCGGAUUCUGAUUUCUCAAGAGAGGUAAUUCAUGUGGGAAACAAAAUGUUUCAGAGUGAUGGAAUAUAUUACGGUAGGAAACAUAACCUGUAUUAUUCCACAUUGGGACCAAGAAGUGUUUACCAGUGGUCGAUGACACCAAUAUCUGACAACGUCAAACCUGGCAGACAGACAGUGAUUGCUCAGGACGAUAUGAUCGAAUGGGUUGAUUCCUUUGCUUUUGAUGAAAGUGGCUAUUUAUGGUUUGUUUCUAACAACUUGAAUACGCACUUUUCAAACGAUACAGUCAAGGGCUCGUCGAAUUUCUUCGUUUGGAAACUCUUUGUCGACGACAGCAGUUACUUGAGAUUUUCCGAUGAUACUAGCUCAGCUGCAUCAUGUUCCCUUGACUUUUUUGUUUGUAUGCUUAUAUUGUUGUGUUCUUUUAACUUCUGGUAACUGUUUUUCAAUCUAAAAUUAAUACAUGCCAAUUUAUUCUUACUGCGCAUUUUGCACAAUAUUUCUAUAUUUAAUAUUAUCAUUAAUAAACCUAGUAUAUUAAGUUGUGUAUUUGUUUUAUGUCGACCGUCUGUCGAUUAGUACUUCUACAAUAAAUCUAUGUAUUUUUAUUACACUACAAAUCAUGUACAAAGAAUAAAGUAUAGAAAAUAAAACACAAGGGACACGUCAACACGUAUAAUAAACUUUUAUAUAAGUAUCGAUUUUCUCUUAUGAGUGUCUAGAUUUUUAAACUUGAAAUGUAUAAAACAAAUGAAACAUAAGGAAAUGUGGUUUUAUUGCAAAUGAGACAACUAUCUUCCGGUAUCAAAGACCAAAAGGACAUGGAUUUAGAGGUGUAUUUGAAGAAUGAAACUUGGGACGACAAAAAUAAGUAUUGAGAUGUAAAAACGUUUUCUUAAUAUUCACUUUUUUUUAACUUAAAAUAAAUAAAUCUUCAGAUUGCCGUAUAAUUUUUAGGAUAUUGCCCUCUACCUUGUUUUUAUAAACGAUUUUAAGUCACGUACAAGACAAUACCAGGUCUAGUAUUACAUAUACAGUUGAAUAUAUAUUUCAAUAAAACAUAUGACAUGACAUAUGACUUUGCUGUUAUAUAUUCAGGAGUAAAUAAAUAAUAACGAUGAUGCGUUUUUUUAUUUUUAAACAACCUACAAUUUUGUGAUUUAUCAAACAUAUUAUCUGAAUAAAUUAAAGUAAGACU